AUGGCACACGAUUGGAAUAAAAUUUCUGCAGAAGAUGUAGGUUUCGAUGAAAACAAAUGGGAGGCUUUAAUUAAUUCUGAUGAAGUAUUUACUGAACAAUUUUCAAAAUCAAUAAAUACAAUAGAUAUUUCAAAUUUUAAUAUGAAUAAAAAAGAUAUUGUAAAAUUAUCAGUAAAUAGUUUUAAAAAAUCAACAUUUAUCGAUAGCGAUAAAUUUAUUCAUACUGGUCGAACAAUGACAAUUCUUAUUCCACCUUGUUCUAAUCAACGUGUUCGAUAUGAAAAUGAAUGUGAAAAAAUACUUCGUUAUCUUUCUAUUCCAAAUAAAAGGACUAUGACGAUAGAAAUUCCUGAUCUUCGUGAUACGCUUACUGCUGAUGAUGCUAUUUGGAUGCGUAUAGCACGUACAACAAUUGAUCAUCGAAAAGAUAAUCUUAUUUUUUACCAUCCAUAUCCAACAUGGAUAAAAGAUAAAAAUGCUCGAAUUCAUAAAGGUUCAAUUUAUAUUCAAAUAACUAAUAGAGAUAUGGAAAAUGGUUUUAUUGAAAUGGAUACUUUAGCAUUAAUUAGACUUAAACAAGAUGAUUUAGCUCAAAUAAAUACAUUAGGAAUUUAUUCACGAACUCAACUUAAUUUUUUCGAUCUACAUUCGAUAGAUAUGACAACACCAAAAUGUACAAGAGAUGAAUAUAGACUUCGACAAUCAAUUUUGAACUUUCAACUUGUUCGAGUUGAUCAAAAUAAUAUUGCAUAUCUUACUGAUUGUUUUUGUCAAACAGAAUCUAUACAUGAAACAGAAGCAAAUGGACAACGACAAAUAGACAAAUCUCAUAAAAUGAAUACAACUAAAUCGAAGAUAGUAUACAAAAAACAAAAAAUUUAA